UCCACUUCUUCUUCAUCUUUUCAACAGCAUUGGAGCAGUUGGUGCUUGGCGGUUAACCAGAUCACAUCAGUCUGGAAAGUAGAGCUUUCGCGCUCUUUCAAAACGCAAUUCUGGAUAUAAUCUGAGGAAGAAGGUUCUUUUUCAGUCAGUUUUGUGCCCCUUGUUGCCUGUUACAUGAAGUGGGUGUGAUUAAAAGUGAUAACAUUAUUUAUAAAGUGCAAGUUGAAAAGGAAGGAUAUAUUUUUGGAAUUACAGAAAAAGGGAUUUUGUGAUGUUUACGAUGAAUUGUGCCAAUAUACAAUAUCCUGUGAAUAUGCAGAUAUUCAGCAGUAAUUUCUGAAUGGGAAAUGUCUUGAGGGCCUUGAGUUUUCUUGAAUAUUCUGAGAAUUUUGAAAUCAAGAAAAGCAAAAAUUAACUUUGCUUACCUUAUUUCUGUAUAUCCAAUUUCCUCGAGAAUUUGUGAUUUGACUCUAGUUCAAAGGAAGUGCCAAGAAAGGAAUGUGGCACGCUUGCAGGAGACGAUGAUGCCCAAAUAAUCCAAUAGGAUUGUGCCAAAAGUCCUUUUGGAUGUAAAUUAGUGCACAUCACUCAAAUUACUCUACCCGAAAAUCUGGUGGUGGUCAAUCCAUCCCUGACACCAUGAAUGAGUCAUUUAUAGUGUCAAGUGGCUACGAGAACUACACGAGGGAGGUUCUGCGUCAGUUCAUUGUGAAUCUGACCCAACAAUCCCCGGAUCUGGUGAAUCUCACAUUCCUGCGAAAUGUUUCUGACACCAUGACGCACUCAUCGAGGGAUCCCAUGUCCGUGGUCAUCCCCAUAACAGUCUUCUAUGCUGUGAUAUUUUUAGCAGGUGUCUUGGGCAAUGUCACCACCUGUACUGUGAUCUCGAGGAAUAAGUCAAUGCAUACAGCGACAAAUUUUUAUCUGUUUAAUUUGGCUGUGUCGGAUUUGUUGCUACUAGUUUCCGGAAUGCCCCUGGAAAUAUUUAACAUCUGGUAUCCGGCUCAAUAUCCUUUCAACCAAUCCUUCUGCAUUCUCCAAGGACUGUUGCAGGAGACAUCAACGAAUGCUACCGUUCUCACCAUCACAUCAUUCACUGUCGAACGCUAUAUAGCCAUCUGCCAUCCAUUCCGGCAGCACACCAUGUCCAAAUUGUCACGAGCUGUGAAAUUUAUUCUGGCCAUUUGGAUUGUGGCCUUCUGCCUGGCCAUACCCCAAGCCUUCCAAUUUGGUAUCGUGGCAGUGGAGGGGAAUGGCAGAAUUUGCUCGGUGAAGAAUGUUUUUGUGGAGCACGCUUUCGAAAUCUCAAGUUUCAUUUUCUUCGUUGGCCCAAUGACACUCAUUUGCAUAAUGUACAUCCUAAUUGGUGUGAAACUUCAGAACUCCAAGCUCCUUCAGGGUACCAAAAGAAAAGGCAUCAGUGCUCAGACGAGAGUUAUUAGGAUGUUGGUGGCAGUCGCUGUGGCAUUUUUCCUCUGUUGGGCUCCAUUUCACGCUCAGCGUUUGAUGGCCGUUUAUGGGCAAACUGUGGAAACUCCUCCUGAGAUCUUCUACAACAUUUACACAGCCUUAACAUAUAUUUCUGGCGUACUGUACUUCCUGUCAACCUGCAUAAAUCCCCUGCUCUACAACAUCAUGAGCCACAAGUUCAGAGAUGCCUUCAAGUCAACUUUGGCUCGACACUGUGGCUUUGGUGAGAAGUACCACAGUCAGAAUCACAACUACAGUGCUCUCAGUCGAGCAGCUGGUGCAGGAGGAGGAUCACUGAGGCUCACUUCGAAUCUCAAUAGAAAUGUUAAUAAUCUGGGAGAGGUGGGUCACAUUGAGAAGAGAGAGUCAGAUCUCUCAUUAAUCCAUGGGAAUCAGACGCUGAAUCUCAUGAAUAAUUGCUUCAAGGUGGACAAUGAUGGUGAUAUUAGGCCUCCUCCUUAUCAUACUUCUGAGAGUCAAUUGACCAUUGCCACAGCUCUCAGUCGAACUGGGACAAAUGAUGGAAAAUUGACACCAGGAGAAGCCUAUAAAGGUCCUCCUACACCAUUGUGUCCAUCAAAGACUAUCCCAGAAAUGUCUCCAGUAAAAGUUAGUGAGGAGCAUUCCAGUGGAAAGGUGAAAUUCCACGCAUUUUCCUCAAUAGCUGAGAAAUUGCGACGCAGCACAAAGAUGGUGUUCCAACUGAAGCCAUCCCACAAUGGAGACAUUGUACUAAGGACUUCAGAUGAAAAGCUAAAAAAAUUAAAUAGCAUCGACAGUGCUCAUUCCAAUACCAUCAGCAAUUCCAGCCUCCAGGAGAUGGAUGAGGAACUCAACAGUUCAGACUUAGUGAAAUAUAUGGAGGAGAUUAACAACGAGAUUAAAAACUAGCAAUUCAGUACCUGAAAUGUCCAGAACUGACUUCUGUGACUUGCUGGACAAUUCAAUAUCUCUCGAUAAUCCCUCUGACUUUCCCUCAAGUGACAAAAUGUUCUACAUUUGCUAGAACAAACAACAAUAUUGUGAAGGAGAUUCAGCAAAAGAAUGAAAUUCACAAGAAAUAGCUCUUAAGCUCUCUAUAUAGUGUUGUGUAGUGCAUUAAUUGAAAUUGUAGAUCAAGAUAACAAUGUAAGCUGUUACAAAGUCUUAAAGAUAUUUUUAAAUAAAUAAUGUAACUAUAAGAAAAAAUUCAUAAACUUAACAAAAAUCCUAAGUUGAAAUUAUUUAUUAAGCAGACACACUUAUAUUGACUUUUCAAGAAAUACAUAUACCUAUGAAUAUUUUUG